CUGUACUCGAGACAAAUCUCCUGAGGAGUCCGCAUCUCAAUACAUACUGACUACAGCCUAUUUGGAACCGAUAUAGACCCCGAGAGAGUGCAUCGGAGCCACUCCGCGGACACAAUCAACCCUAGUCGGAUCCGGCCCAGUCAACAAAGAAAAUCGCCGACACACGAGUCUCGUGCGCAGCACGCCCUGUUCCCCUUACGACUGAGACGCUCCCUCUGAUCGAAGAGACUUCCUAAUACUCGAAAGCCUCUUCUCGACGUACCCCGAACGCAGCCUGGAGCCUUCCGAGCCGACUUGCGAUUGCGCGUACUCCUAUUGAUCACCCAGCCUGCUCGAGCCUCAAACCUGGAGAUUGAGUCGACCGGCUCUGUGUGAGAAGAGGGAGGAAGGCGCAUGCACCUACGCGCGACACAAUUAUGCCGCAGGCUGCACGAUGGGCGGGAACGCCGUCCAUCAAGGGACGAAGCGAGUCGACGCGCAUGGCGCUGUUGACCUUUAGUCUGGUGGGAUUGCAGUUCACUUGGGGUACUGAGAUGACCUAUUGCACACCAUAUCUCCUUCAACUCGGUUUGACGAAGUCCAAAACCUCGUUGGUAUGGAUUGCCGGACCGCUUUCCGGUUUAAUCAUUCAACCUCUUAUUGGCGUGAUCGCCGACCGAUCGCGGUCAAAAUGGGGCCGGCGGAGACCGUUCAUGGUCUUUGGUUCAUUUGUCGUGGCGUUUUGUCUGAUCGUAUUAGGUUGGACAGCUGAGAUUGUCGCCAUGUUCGUGAAAGAGCCUGAGAAGGCUAAAAGUGUCACUAUCGCGUUGGCUGUAUCUAGUAUAUACGCGGUUGAUUUUUCCAUCAACGUUGUCCAAGCAUGUUGUCGAAGUUUGAUUGUGGAUACGCUGCCCAUUCCCUUGCAACAAGCCGGGUCUGCCUGGGCUAGCAGAAUGUGUGCUAUCGGCCAGCUAAUCAGCUAUGUGAUUGGCUCCAUUGAUAUGGUCAGCAUUUUCGGGAGCCUUCUGGGAGACACUCAAUUCAAGCAGAUGACAGUGAUCGCCGCUCUAUCUUUGAUUAUCGCGGUGGCGGUCACAUCCUACUCUGUCAAGGAACGCGUUCUGAUCUCGGCGAGGGACUCUGAUGGCAAGGGAGGCGCAAUCCAAGCAAUCUCGCAGUUGUUCAAAACCACGAUGGAACUCCCACCUCGCAUCCAGGCCAUUUGCUGGGCUCAAUUCUGGGCUUGGAUUGGCUGGUUCCCAUUCCUCUUUUAUAGCACAACAUGGGUUGGCGAAACCUACUUCCGCUACGAGGUUUCCAAAGACCAGGUCACGAAGACAACCGACAUGCUCGGCGAAGUCGGCCGCGUUGGCAGUCUGUCUCUGACAGUUUUCUCCUCGAUUACAUUCCUCAGCUCCGUCUUCCUGCCAUUCUGUAUUCAAUCCCCAGAUACCAAACGCACGCGCUUCACACCUCGACCACCCCCGGUGUCGCCGCGAUUCUUAAGAGAAUCACCGCCGUCCGACCAGAUCUCCAAACAGCCUGGUUAA